AUGAAAUCAAUAGACUGUUUGUUAAGACCAGCCUACGUGCAAGGAGAAUAUGAUUCGUCGGGACCUGAAGAUAGCGAUGAAGAGGAUCGUGUUGCCGAUAUCCGUAGAGUUGGACGUUCUGCAGGAGCAGGAGACGAUCGAAGAUUGCAUGAUGCGCCGCUUCGUACAGAACGUGAUAGAAAUCGUCGAGUGGAUGAACCCGAGGUGAUUCGUGGACGUUCAGAGGCAGCUGUGGCAGCCACAACAAAAUUGGAAGAGGCUGCAGCAUCGAGUUCCGAGGAUGAAGAAGAGGCCGAGAGACGGAGGGCCAGAGCUCGGGCUAGACGCUUGCAGUACGAACAGCAGGAAGCACCGGUUGAGGAGGAUGAAGCAGAUGAGGAUGAUCAGGAGGAAUUCGAACGUCGUCGGCAACGUCUCCGAGAACGUGCACUGAAACGUGAAGAAGAGGAGGUGCUGAGCAAAGAGGUCGGUGUUGAAGAGGAGGAAGAGGAGACCGAAGAGGAAACCACCGACGAGGAAUCGGACCAUAGCGAANACGAUAUGAUGCCGAGAUUGAAGCCAAUUUUUGUGGAGAAGUGA